CGAACAUCUCGGAGGAGCCAUCAAGAGACGGCAUCAUUCCGAGCCCGGAAGCGAUUGGCGGUAACACCUCCAUGCUCUUUGAUUAGAUGCGCUGGUGAGUGGUCAGAGGAGCAGAGGUCAGAAGAGCGCAGCCUGGACGAGAAGGAAACCUUGGAAAGCCCCAACUCUGGUUCUCUACCAGUUGGGCCAUUCUCAUUCACUACCGCUGGUUCUCCGCUGUCAACUCUGUUCUCUCUCAAUACCGGAAGUGGCGGUACGCAGAGUUACCUGGCGUUCGGUCGGAGUCAUUGUUGAGUCGGAGACCUGAACGAGCACCCCCAUUGCGAUGGCGCCCAAGAAGAAAGGGAAGAAUGAUUCAUCGGCCAAGCCACCCGCGUCGAGUCACAGUGCUGUGAAGCAGACGCCGAAUUGGCCGGCUUUUGCUCCACUCAUACCGGAGUCAGAUCUCUCGCUCCAAGAGCUGCUGCCUGGCCAGAUUGUUACGAUCCCCAACUUCUGGACAGCCACCCUCUGCAAGAACUACGUCUCGUUCCUGUCCUCGCUUUCGCUCACUACGACUCCCGGCAAGCCCAAGAGGGGCGAGGCCGUCCGUGUCAAUGAUCGUUUCCAGAUAGAUGACCCCGUCUUUGCGGAAAGGCUUUGGAGCGGCACUGUUCUAAAGAACCUGGUUUUGGGGAACGUCGAUUAUGACGGCCUUGGUCUGGAUGAUGCACAGCGGAAGCAGCUUUGGGGUGGCGAAGUGGUUGGCCUCAACCCGAACAUUCGCAUCUACCGCUAUUCGAAAGGCCAGUUCUUUGACCAGCAUUAUGACGAUUCCAACUACGUGACGCUCCCAGGGUCACCGCCCAUACCUGCUCGAACAACCUGGACUCUUCUACUCUACCUUACAUCUCCCGCAACAGGAUGCAUGGGAGGCGAAACCGUCUUUUAUCCCGAGCCAGUGCCCUUGAAAAAGAAGAGCAAGGAGCCUCCUCCUGAGCCGUUCGUUGUGGGCCUCGAAGCCGGACUUGCACUGCUUCAUCGUCAUGGUGCUGAGUGCAUGCUGCACGAAGGACGUGAGGUUUUGCAGGGCGAGAAAUGGGUCAUCCGAAGUGACUUGUGCGUCAAGCGGUAGCGGGACUUCCAAAACUUACCGCCACUUCGCAGCCGUACGCGCAACAGUGGCUAUAAUAGACUGAGCCAAUAAGCUACCGCGGAAUCAGGCCCCAAGCGCAAUAUUACGCCUCCUGCCUGCCGCUCGCUCUUCCACCACGCCUGGGACGGCUGCAUUCCGCCGCAGUUUCGCCAGCUCCCACCAUCGAGGCCGAGCCCGUACGCGGCAGGGACUCCAAUGCCGAAGGAGAAAUGGUACUACAGAAUGUUCAACAAGGGCGAUACGAUCCAGCGAGCGGAAGUACUGGAAACAGCAUGCCUGACAGUUAUCACAGUCGAAGCAGCACGAUGGAACGCGACAUUUUUGUUGAGGAAAUGAAUUCGCGCUUCGAUAUACAAGAAGAAAUAGGACAAAGCCUCGCCUAUAUACACCUCCUCCUCCC